CAGUGAUACGUGGCGCUGGGGAGGGAGAGCGGGUGGCUGGCUGGCUGGGUACAUUGUUUUGGUCAACACUGGUCAGUCUUGCCCCACACGCUCUUUUAACAAGUGUUUCCGUAUUCCCGGCAGCUUUUCCCUGUACCGAGCACCGCCAAGCAGCACCAGAGAGGCACGAAUAUGUAAGCUGGAGGAAUAGAAAAGGAAAGAGGAAGCAAACUUGAGUAGAAUAUUGCCCAACAUCAGCCAGUGAAUGUCAGAAUGAGGGCUGUUCUUCUGGCUGCUGGCUAUGGCACUAGGUUGGAAUGUGAUCUACAAAAUGAUACAAGUGGACUGUUCAGUCACCUAGUAGGGACACCCAAGCCUCUUCUUCCUAUUGGGGGAAUGCCACUCGUCACUCACUGGAUCAAAGCAUUUGACCAAGUUCCUGAGAUAACAAGUGUUGUGGUUGUCACAAAUGAUCUUCACAAGCCACUGUACCAGACAUGGGCUGAUGGGCUGGCCAGGCACAUGAGGAUUGUGAGUGAUGGAUCGACGAGCAAUGAGGAGCGAAGUGGAGCCGUGGCCUGUAUGGAGAUUGGCGCUGCAGGAAGUCAGGAGGACAUUCUAUUCGUAGCCGGAGACACAUUGCUCCCAAGUGAUUUUUCCCUGAAGACACUGGUAAGCAAGUUUAAAGCCUUGCAUGAUCAUGAGAAGGAGGCUUGCCUUGUUCUCAGUGCUCCAGUCUCAGAGAAAAAUGUAUCUAAGCAUGGCAUCAUUGAAGUGGAAGAGAGGAAUCGGGUGACACAGUUUCUGGAGAAGCCACAGCCCCAAGACACCACCUCCAGGUUGCAGUGCCCCUGUGUGUACCUCAUGUCCUCGGAAAGCCUGCACCACCUUCAGAACUUUUUAGAGGAAAAUCGCAAUGCCCCACUGAGCUGUCGUGAUGCAACUGGCAUGUUUAUUGGCAGUCUCAUCCAUCGGGCACCUGUGUUUGCCCACCACGUGACUCACCGCUAUGAUGUGGGUGGCCUCCAGUCAUACCUGCAGUGCUGUCAAGACUUUCAGCCAUCCUAGUGAAAGUAACACAUUCCUGAAAGUGGGUCUGUACUGUACACAGUACAUGUUAAGUUCAUUACAAUAUUAGUUUAUGGAGGAUUGCCAUUGUUAAAGUCAUUUGCUUGACAUUUAGAAAUAAUUUCUCAGGCAUGUUAUACUAAAGUAGCAUAUUCUGUAUUAACCAUCUGAAGGUGCAAGAAAUACAAGCAAACAUUUGCAGUAGAGCUGAACCUUGAGAGAUAAGAUGUUAUAUUGAAGUUUAUAGGAGCAAUGUGGACAUAUUAGUGUAGUGAAAUAACAUUCAAGCCAGACAGAUUUUCACUUGGAUCUUUGUAAUAAUCUUGGCUAAAUUUAUACAGACAGAUUUUCACUUGGAUCUUUGUAAUAAUCUUGGCUAAAUUUAUACAAAACUGUUGUACAUCUUGAUUCCCUUUGAGGCUUAAAUGCCCAAACCCUUGUAUAUAAUUGUAUUCCUUGCCUUUUCUGGUGAGCUUUACUUUAUCAUUAAACAUGAAAGAUUA